CACAUUCACGUGUUCUGUGUUCGCAGGAAGGCUCCAGGGCAAGUUCUCCGUGUCUCGACUAGCCCAGAAGUCUCGUUAGCCCUCCGAAAAUGCCGAAGGCAGUGGUUCAAGAGGGCGAGGACCCCGACCCAACCCCAUACCUGUUCGUGUCUCUGGAACAGAAGCGAAUUGACCAGAGCAAGCCCUACGAUGGCAAGAAGGCAUGCUGGGUGCCCGACGACAAGGAGGGUUUCCUGCAGGGAGAGAUCAAGGCCACCAAGGGAGACCUGGUGACCGUCGUGCUCCCCGGAGGCGAGGAGAAGACACUAAAGAAAGAGUUCAUCUCGCAAGUGAACCCUCCGAAAUUCGAGAAAGUCGAAGACAUGGCCGACCUCACGUACCUAAACGACGCAGCCGUUUUGCACAACCUGCGACAACGAUACUAUGCGAAGCUCAUCUACACGUACUCCGGUCUCUUCUGUGUGGCUAUCAACCCCUACAAGAGAUUCCCGGUGUACACCUUCCGUUGUGCCAAGCUCUACCGAGGCAAGCGUCGUUCGGAGGUGCCCCCCCACAUCUUCGCCAUCUCUGACGGUGCCUACGUCAACAUGUUGACCAACCACGAGAACCAGUCUAUGUUGAUUACCGGAGAGUCUGGUGCCGGAAAGACUGAGAACACGAAGAAGGUAAUUGCGUACUUCGCCACCGUCGGUGCGUCCCAGAAGAAGGACCCCAACGCGGAGAAGAAGGGAUCCCUGGAGGACCAGGUCGUCCAGACCAACCCGGUGCUUGAAGCCUUCGGUAACGCCAAGACCGUGCGUAACGACAACUCCUCCCGAUUCGGUAAAUUCAUCCGUAUCCACUUCGGCCCCUCUGGAAAACUGGCCGGAGCUGACAUUGAGACCUAUCUGCUUGAGAAGGCUCGUGUCAUCUCCCAGCAGGCUCUGGAACGUUCUUACCACAUCUUCUACCAGAUGAUGUCUGGUUCCGUUCCCGGACUUAAGGGAAUUUGCAUGUUGUCUAACGACAUCAUGGACUACCACAUCGUGGCGCAGGGCAAGACCGUGAUCCCCGGAGUCGAUGACGGCGAGGAGAUGAGACUGACCGAUCAAGCCUUCGACAUCCUCGGUUUCACCCAAGAGGAGAAGAACGACGUGUACAAGAUCACCGCGUCCGUCAUGCACAUGGGAGGCAUGAAGUUCAAGCAGAGGGGUCGUGAGGAGCAGGCUGAGGCCGACGGCAUGGAGGAGGGAGAGCGUGUUGCUAAGCUCCUCGGUGUCGACUGCCAGGACCUGUACAAGAACCUGCUGAAGCCCCGCAUCAAAGUCGGUAACGAGUUCGUGACCCAGGGUCGUAACAUCACCCAGGUGACCAACUCCGUCGGUGCCCUCUGCAAGGGUGUGUUCGACCGUCUCUUCAAGUGGCUGGUCAAGAAGUGUAACGAGACUCUGGACACCAAGCAGAAGAGGCAGCACUUCAUCGGUGUGCUGGAUAUCGCCGGUUUCGAGAUCUUCGACUUCAACGGUUUCGAGCAACUGUGCAUCAACUUCACCAACGAGAAGCUGCAGCAGUUCUUUAACCACCACAUGUUCGUACUUGAGCAAGAAGAGUACAAGCGCGAGGGUAUCAACUGGACCUUCAUCGAUUUCGGAAUGGACUUGCUCGCUUGUAUCGAUCUGAUCGAGAAGCCCAUGGGUAUCCUCUCCAUCCUUGAGGAAGAGUCUAUGUUCCCGAAAGCCACUGACGCCACCUUCGUGGAGAAGUUGAACAACAACCACUUGGGCAAGUCUGCUCCUUACCUGAAGCCGAAGCCCCCCAAGCCUGGUUGCCAGGCCGCUCACUUCGCCAUCGGCCAUUACGCCGGUAACGUCGGCUACAACAUCUCUGGAUGGCUGGAGAAGAACAAGGACCCCCUGAACGACACCGUCGUCGACCAGUUCAAGAAGGGUCAGAACAAGCUGCUGAUCGAGAUCUUCGCUGACCACCCUGGCCAGUCCGGAGACGCCGCCGCCGCCAAGGGCGCUGGAGGAAAGCGCGCUAAGGGUUCCGCGUUCCAGACCGUAUCAUCACUCUACAGGGAACAACUGAACAACCUGAUGACCACUCUGAGAUCCACCCAGCCUCACUUCGUCCGUUGUAUCAUCCCCAACGAGUUGAAGCAGCCUGGUCUCAUCGACUCUCACCUUGUCAUGCACCAGCUGACCUGUAACGGUGUGCUUGAAGGCAUCCGUAUUUGCCGUAAAGGUUUCCCCAACAGGAUGGUGUACCCUGACUUCAAGCUCCGUUACAAGAUCCUGAACCCCGCCGGCGUUGACAAAGAAUCCGAUCCCAAGAAAAUUGCCCAAGUCAUCCUUGAAGCUACGGGUCUAGACCCUGAGAGCUACCGUAUUGGUCACACUAAGGUGUUCUUCCGCGCCGGAGUGCUGGGUCAGAUGGAGGAGCUGCGUGACGACCGUCUCUCCAAGAUCAUGUCCUGGAUGCAGGCCUACAUCCGUGGUUACCUGUCCCGUAAGGAGUUCAAGAAGAUCCAGGAGCAGAGGUUGGCUCUCCAAGUUGUCCAGCGCAACUUGCGCAAGUACCUGCAGCUCCGCACCUGGCCGUGGUGGAAGUUGUGGCAGAAGGUCAAGCCUCUGCUCAACGUCUCCCGUGUCGAGGAUGAGCUCGCGAAACUGGAGGAGAAGGCAGCCAAGGCGCAGGAGGCCUUCGAGAAGGAGGAGAAGCUCCGCAAGGAGCUGGAGGUGCUGAACGCCAAGCUGCUGGAGGAGAAGACGGCGCUGCUGUCCAACCUGGAGGGCGGCGGCCGCGAGCUGCAGGACACGCAGGAGCGCGCCGCCAAGCUGCAGGCUCAGAAGAACGACCUCGAGAGCCAGCUCAGGGACACCCAGGACCGCCUCACCCAGGAGGAGGACGCGCGCAACCAGCUGUUCCAGAACAAGAAGAAGCUGGAGCAGGAGGUCGCCGGCCUCAAAAAGGACGUGGAGGACCUGGAACUGGCCGUGCAGAAGUCCGAGCAGGACAAGGCCACCAAGGACCACCAGAUCCGCAACCUCAACGAUGAGAUCGCCCACCAGGACGAGCUCAUCAACAAGCUCAACAAGGAGAAGAAGAUGCAGGGCGAGACCACCCAGAAGACCGCCGAGGAGCUGCAGGCCGCCGAGGACAAGGUCAACCACCUCAACAAGGUCAAGCAGAAGCUCGAGCAGACCCUGGACGAGCUCGAGGACUCCCUGGAGCGCGAGAAGAAGCUCCGCGGAGACGUCGAGAAGCAGAGGAGGAAGGUGGAGGGCGACCUCAAGCUGACGCAGGAGGCCGUCGCCGACCUGGAGCGCAACAAGAAGGAGCUCGAGCAGACCAUCCAGCGCAAGGACAAGGAGAUCUCCUCCCUGACCGCCAAGCUGGAGGACGAGCAGUCCCUCGUGUCCAAGUCGCAGAAGCAGAUCAAGGAGCUGCAGGCGCGCAUCGAGGAGCUGGAGGAGGAGGUGGAGUCGGAGCGCCAGGCGCGCGCCAAGGCCGAGAAGCAGCGCGCCGACCUGGCCCGCGAGCUGGAGGAGCUGGGCGAGCGGCUGGAGGAGGCCGGCGGUGCCACCUCGGCCCAGAUCGAGCUCAACAAGAAGCGCGAGGCCGAGCUUAGCAAGCUCCGCCGCGACCUGGAGGAGGCCAACAUCCAGCACGAGUCCACGCUCGCCAACCUGCGCAAGAAGCACAACGACGCCGUCGCCGAGAUGGGCGAGCAGCUCGACCAGCUCAACAAGCUCAAGGCUAAGGCUGAGAAGGAACGUUCUCAAUACUUUAGCGAAGUCAAUGACCUCCGCGCUGGUCUCGACCACGUGUCCAACGAAAAGGCUGCCCAAGAGAAGAUGGUGAAGCAGCUGCAGCACCAGCUCAACGAGGUGUCCAACAAGGCCGACGAGGCUAACCGCACCCUCAACGACCUGGACGCCGCCAAGAAGAAGCUCUCCAUCGAGAACUCCGACCUGCUGCGCCAGCUCGAGGAGGCUGAGUCCCAGGUGUCUCAGCUGUCCAAGAUCAAGGUGUCGCUCACCACCCAGCUCGAGGACACCAAGAGGCUCGCCGACGAGGAAUCCAGGGAGCGCGCCACGCUCCUCGGCAAGUUCCGCAACUUGGAGCACGACCUCGACAACAUCCGCGAGCAAGUGGAGGAGGAGGCCGAAGGCAAGGCUGACCUGCAGCGCCAGCUCAGCAAGGCCAACGCCGAGGCCCAGAUCUGGCGCUCCAAGUACGAGUCCGAGGGAGUCGCCCGCUCCGAGGAGCUGGAGGAGGCCAAGCGCAAGCUCCAGGCCCGCCUCGCCGAGGCCGAGGAGACCAUCGAGUCCCUCAACCAGAAGGUCGUCGCUCUCGAGAAGACCAAGCAGCGCCUCGCCACCGAGGUCGAGGACCUGCAGCUCGAGGUCGACCGCGCCACCGCCAUCGCCAACGCCGCCGAGAAGAAGCAGAAGGCCUUCGACAAGAUCAUCGGAGAAUGGAAGCUCAAGGUCGACGACCUCGCCGCCGAGCUCGACGCCAGCCAGAAGGAGUGCCGCAACUACUCCACCGAACUGUUCCGUCUCAAGGGCGCCUACGAGGAGGGCCAGGAGCAGCUCGAGGCCGUGCGCCGCGAGAACAAGAACCUGGCCGACGAGGUCAAGGACCUGCUCGACCAGAUCGGCGAGGGAGGCCGCAACAUCCACGAGAUCGAGAAGGCCCGCAAGCGCCUCGAGGCCGAGAAGGACGAGCUCCAGGCCGCCCUCGAGGAGGCCGAGUCCGCGCUCGAGCAGGAGGAGAACAAGGUGCUCCGCGCUCAGCUCGAGCUGUCGCAGGUGCGCCAGGAGAUCGACCGCCGCAUCCAGGAGAAGGAGGAGGAGUUCGAGAACACGCGCAAGAACCACCAGCGCGCCCUCGACUCCAUGCAGGCUUCCCUCGAAGCCGAGGCUAAGGGCAAGGCAGAGGCCCUGCGCAUGAAGAAGAAGCUCGAGGCCGACAUCAACGAGCUGGAGAUCGCCCUCGACCACGCCAACAAGGCCAACGCCGAGGCCCAGAAGAACAUCAAGCGCUACCAGGCCCAGAUCAAGGACCUGCAGACCGCGCUGGAGGAGGAGCAGCGCGCGCGCGACGACGCCCGCGAGCAGCUCGGCAUCUCCGAGCGCCGCGCCAACGCGCUGCAGAACGAGCUGGAGGAGUCGCGCACGCUGCUGGAGCAGGCGGACCGCGCGCGCCGCCAGGCCGAGCAGGAGCUGGGCGACGCGCACGAGCAGCUCAACGAGCUGUCCGCGCAGGCCGCCUCGCUGUCCGCCGCCAAGAGGAAGCUCGAGUCCGAGCUGCAGACGCUGCAUUCCGACCUCGACGAGCUGCUCAACGAGGCCAAGAACUCCGAGGAGAAGGCCAAGAAGGCGAUGGUGGACGCCGCGCGCCUGGCCGACGAGCUCCGUUCCGAGCAGGAGCACGCGCAGACGCAGGAGAAGCUGCGCAAGGCGCUCGAGCAGCAGAUCAAGGAGCUGCAGGUGCGUCUGGACGAGGCCGAGGCCAACGCCCUCAAGGGAGGCAAGAAGGCCAUCCAGAAGCUCGAACAGAGGGUGCGCGAGCUCGAGAACGAGCUUGACGGCGAACAGAGGAGACACGCCGACGCCCAGAAGAACCUGCGCAAGUCCGAGAGGCGCAUCAAGGAGCUCACGUUCCAGGCCGAGGAGGACCGCAAGAACCACGAGCGCAUGCAGGACCUGGUCGACAAGCUGCAGCAGAAGAUCAAGACCUACAAGAGGCAGAUCGAGGAGGCGGAGGAGAUCGCCGCGCUCAACCUGGCCAAGUUCCGCAAGGCCCAGCAGGAGCUGGAGGAGGCGGAGGAGCGCGCCGACCUGGCCGAGCAGGCCAUCAGCAAGUUCCGCGGCAAGGGCCGCGCCGGCUCCGUCGCACGAGGAGUCAGCCCCGCGCCCCCCCGCUCGCGCCCCUCUGCAUUCGAUGGCUUCGGCACCUUCCCACCGAGGUUCGACCUGGCGCCUGAAAACGACUUCUAAACUAAACGUUCCACUACAUGAAAACGGACUGUACAGAGUUUUCGUUAAAAUGUAACUUUUUUAUACAAAGCAGUUGAAUACGUGUUACGAAAGCGUGAAAACGAGACACUGUAAAAAUAUUUAUUAAAUAAUUUAUACCAAAAAAAUAUACACUUUAGUAUCUAAUUCUUUUUACAAAAGGCUAUUUUGUAAUUUGUUGAUAUAUUUAUAUAAUUUAACCGUGGAGUAUGUAUCGGAGCGGGCGGGGGCAGCGGCCGGGCGAGACCUAGAGACACACCCGCCAGCCCCGCACCGCCCCCGCCGCCGCCCCCGCUCGUUUAAUAAAGCGAUAUCGUUGUCAUAAAAUAUUA